AUGGCAGAUCCACCUCUGGACAUCUCCCUCGCUUCCCAAUUCUGCAUCACCACGCAGGCCACUGACCACGACAUCACCGGCUCCGUCUUCGGCAAGCCAGCGACAACGACCACAGCAAUGGCAUCCGCCUCUACCUCGUCGACCUCUAUGCUGCCCCAUGAGGUCGCCCCCACCAUAUCCAUCGAGACCACAGAACACCUUUGGGAGACGCACGCCAGGUGUUCGAUGUCGUGUCGCGACCCGGACGCCAAGGUCGUCGACGGCGGCUUUGCCACGCAGUUGGAGGUGCUCGGCGCCGACAUCAACGACCCGCUCGAGAGCGCCGCUUGCCUCAUCACCAGGCCGCACCUCGUCAAGGAGGUUCAUAUCCAGUAUCUUGAAGCAGAAGAUUUACUGCGAACAAGUGUAAAACUGGCCGUUGAUGCUCGCGAUGAAUUCUGGAAGUCAGCACUUAGGAAGUCCAAGCCUAUCCACAACUGUGCUCUGGUUGCGGCAUCCACUAGGAGCUCUAUGCACAGCAGUGUUUAG